GAAAUUAAAACCCUAAUCCCCUUUUUCUCUUUCAUUCAUUUUUCGUGUUGAAGCGCUUAAUAUCAAAUUCCUAUCAUUAUGAAAAAUAAAUUUGAGGAAUCUUGAAAAUUUUAUUUAUUUUUUCUUUCUUUUUUUGCGAUGAUAUUGUGAUUGACGAAAGUCUCAAAUUUCAAGUCUUUUUUGAAUUCCAUCUAAUUAUAGAAUAACAAAAAAAUCCUGUAUGAAUUCCAUCUAAUAAUUUUAUUAUCCGUUGGUUUUACAUCAAUACUUGAUAAAUCUUGUAUAUUCGUUGUGUAAAGAUGCCAUUUUUCUGUAUCCUGAUACAUGUGGUGGGGGUUGUAUAGCUCAUUGACUGCCAAUUUGGAAUCCCUUGUAGUUAUGGUAUCCAAUAAUUUUUCGUAUCACCUAUAGAUGCAAGGUACCUUUAGUUUUAGAAAUCCUGGUUUAUCUUAUUGAGUAUUAGAGUGAACUCUGCCUGAAUUGCGGAACGGAUAUAAAGGAUUCAUAUAGCCAAACCCAACUAGUGUGGGGCUGGGGCGUGGUUGAUUUAUUGAUUGUUAUCACGAAGAGAGAAGAUGUUUUUAUUGGGCCGUUUACGGUUUUGCAUAUUUAAAACAAAUAUGUUGUCUUUCAGACAACUUACUUUGAUAGAAGCCAUCAUUGCCUUUCCACUACGAUUAUGGGAUCCUCUAAUUUUACAUGUCACCUACAGACAGAGACAAAUCUAGGAUUUAAAGGCAAUUUUUGCAUCACUUAAUAUAUAUACACAUGUUUACAAAAUUCUUCUUAGAUUUGGUAAAUAUGUAGUCUGAGCUGCUUAUAUUUUGCAUCUGCCUCUGCUUGCAAGAUGUCUUUAUUUGACCAUUUGCGGUUUUGGAUUUUGCCUCAUGUGUAAUGUUAUAGGGGCUGGAUAUGGAUUUGGAGACAGAGAAUAGAAUUGCGACGAUUCUUUUGAAAGAGGCUGCAGAAUUGCGGCGGCAAGCAGAGUCAGAGGGUGCACUUUCUUAUCUUCAUCGGCCUAAUGUUAGGGGCCGACCAAAUUCACGGUUUUUGACAGCAACUGUUCGUGGAGUACAACAAGCUAACCGGGCUGUUGAAGUAAAUGAAAUGUGGAAGUUAAGGCAGAAAGAGCUGGAGCUUGAAAACAGGCUCAAAGGGAGUUAUAGUACCUCAGAGAGGAGGUCACGUGAGAGAUGUGAUACUCAUUCGGGCACAAGUGGAUCAAAGAAAAGAGAGAUACAGGAUUCUCAUUCAAGUGAGGAUGAAGGCUUCAGAGAUACUGAAAUUGAGGAAUUUUUACAGUCAAGGGUCAAGCGUGGAAGGGGAACUGUUGGGUCACGGAUGGAUGAAGCUGGUCCGUACCUUCCUUCUAGUCCGGAUCCCAGAGAAAGAGAGUCGGCAAGUCCAGAUAUGAAGCUAAGCAAAAGACAGGGAUAUGAUGUUGUCAUUGGUCCAGAGAAGCCUGUCUGGCUGAAUUCCCCUGGUUCUUCAGAAAAUGAAUCUUUAUCAGAUGAUAAGAUAAAAGUCCAAAAGAAGGCUAAAUCAAGUAAGCACCAUCACCACUGUAGGAAACAUGGAUCAAAAAAGAAGUCCAAGGACAAGGAGGAUAAAAGGAGGAGGAGAGAGGAGAAAAGAGUCAAACGUCACAAAUAGAUAUUGGCCGCCUGACCAGUGUAUAUUAACUUUUUUGUUCUUUGUUGAUUCAGAGGUUCGUUCAGAUGUUAAACGGCACUACUUCUGUUCUUGCUUCGUGGAAGUUCCAUUUAUUGUGUAGUCUUGUUUGGUUUGCACAUUUCUCCUGUAAAGAUGACAUUUCAUUUCUCACCUCCCCUUCAACCAAAAUCAACGUCAACUUCUUCAAGAAACAGUGUCCGUAUAACUCGUAUAUUGUAUUUUGAGAGCAUGACUGGAAAACUAGUUAAUUUGACCUCAA